UUUACAUUACAACCUCUAACUCUUAAGCACCAUCUUCUUCCAUUUUUCAUCUGCGAAAUGUUUUCUUAUACCCAUCUCACCCAAAAAUAGUGGUGAAGUCAUAAAUUGUUGAAUGGCUGAUGCAAAAUCUCUAACCUCUUGGUGUUGCUUUCUUCCUCAUAAACCACCCAUUCUCUUGUCAAAACGCGCUUCAUCCUUGUCUUUCAAAACCCUCUCUUCUUCCUCGCAAAGCUCUGCUCCUCCAGAUUUUGGUAUCCUUUCUACCACUGAGCACCCAGAUGGCACUCUACUUUUCCAGUUUGGACAACUUAAUCAGACUUCAGAUAAUCUUAAAAUACAAGAUUCUAAAGAGGACCUUAAAGAAGUAGGCUUGUCUCAAGAGGGUUCUUGUGUUCCGAGCCAAGGAUUAUUGGGAAAUGCUGUUUCGGAUCAUACUGAAUCAAGUGCUGAAACACAUGAACCUGAGGCAAUCUACUUUAAAGUUCUUAGUCCGGUUAGUACAUCCGACCUGGUAUGUUGUGUGAACGAAGAAAUGAGUGUUAGUAAUCGUAUUGGUUCCGAUGUAAUUGAAGAGGAGAGCAAGGGUGAGAUUGUUGUAAAUGACUUGGCUGAGCCAGAUAAAGAAGAAAAUUAUGUGAUUCAAAGUGGUGGCGGAGCUGAAAAGGCUGAACCAGUGGCUAUGUCCAAUUCCCUAUUGGCUGAAGUCAUUAAUGAUGAUGAUGAACCGAUGUGUAGUGCUGCUGAUGAACAACCAACUGAUAAAGAAAAGCCAAUUCAGAAUGCAGAGGAAGAAGAACCUUUGGAGGGACUAGCUCAUACUGCUGUGGAUAAGGAACAUGUUGUUAAACCAGCUCUUCAUAUAGGGGAUGAGGACCACACUCAUAUUAACAGGGAUGAGGAACCCGAUCCUUAUGCGGUGAUUGAGAAACCUUUUUAUCAAUUAACUUCAGAUGCUUCACUGGAAGAGGAAUUAACUUCAGAUGCUGCAUUGGAAGAGGAAUUAACUUCAGAUGCUGCAUUGGAAGAGGAAUCAACUUUUAAUGUAGUGGCUGAAGAACCUAUUGACAAUGAAGGAGCCGAGGACUUGAAGAUGUUAGAUGGAAAUCUUCCUUCGUCGCAUUUAGCGGAAAAGGCAGCUGAAGAAGAUGCAGAAACCAGUAGUAAUGCAGCAGAAUCACAAAUAAGAGAAGCUACUGCAACACAGGAGGAAGUCUCAAUGUCCGGAUUUUUCUUAUUUUCUGGGGCUGCUUCAUUGCAACAUCCAUCUAAGGAAUUGACAGGUGGAGAGGAUGCAUAUUUUGUUGAUCAUAAGUGGCUCGGAAUUGCUGAUGGAGUUGGACAGUGGUCAUUUGGAGGGAUUAGCGAUGGACAGUAUGCCCAAGAAUUAAUAAAGAAUUGUAUUAAAAUUGUCGCUGAUAGAAAAAGCAUUCCAAUAACCAACCCAGUGGAAGUUCUUGAUAAAGCUGCCACGGCAACACAGUCUCCUGGAUCUUGUACAGCUUUGAUUGCCUAUUUUGAUGGUCAGGCUCUUCGUGUGGCUCACAUUGGAGACUCGGGAUUUCUAAUUAUUAGAAGUGGGACCAUCUUCAAGAAAUCCUCUCGGAUGGAACAUGAAUUCAACUUUCCAUUGCAGAUAAAGAAGGGCAUCAAUCCCUCUGAACUCGUGGAGGUGUAUACAAUCGAUCUAGAUGAAUGUGAUGUUAUCAUCACUGGUAGCGAUGGACUGUUCGACAAUUUGUACGAGCAAGAAAUUGCUUCGAUCGUCUCUAGGUCACUGCACGCUAGCUUAAAGCCUCAGGAAAUAGCAGAAGUAUUAGUUGAGCGAGCACAAGAAGUGGGGCAAUCUAUGUCUGUGAGGAGUCCAUUUGGUGAUGCUGCUAAAGCUGCUGGUUAUGUGGGAUACACAGGUGGUAAACCUGAUGCUGUUACCGUCAUCGUGUCUUUGCUACAUAAUAUAUCACCCUCUCAAUUGCCGUAGAUAUACUAUUUGCUUUAUCAUAACUUUGUAUAUGCCUACAUUAUUUUCUUUUUCUAUUUUAUCCAGUUUUUUGAAAAAAAAUUGUGCUAUUUAUAGUGCUUAUUAGUUACUAGA